AUGCCCCCCAGAGAAAUCUCAGAAAGACGCUUGCUAAGUGCGAGCAAGCGUGUGACCAGAGCGUACCUCAAUGACCUACAUGAGCGCGUGGCUACUUUACAGCAUAGAGUGAACCAGCCUGCUACUUCGAAAUCAACCCCUGAGCAGCUUGCCAACCUGACAUGUGAUAACGCAACAUCAUUGCUACCAUCAGCGGAUAACCAAGACCAAGGCCUGCGCUUUAGACAUACUACCACGACGGCGUCCAGAGCCCAAGAUGGGAUAGAAGUCAAGGCGCCUCUGACAAAUCCACUAGCUCAUCACAUCACAGACUGGGUUCCAGGCCCCCUGGGAAGACCAGUGUUCAUGGGCACGUCAUCCAGUUGGGCCUUUGCUCGGCGAGUGUUGGGAAUGACCCAUGAGAAUCUAACAGGAUCGCCGCUGUUUCCAGAUCCAGACAAUCUACUCUUUGAUGAUCAUGUCUACGAUCUCAAGUGGGACGGAAACAAAGCAAACUAUCCCCAGGACCUUUUUGAUGUCUCGAAUCUUCCAACCCCGGAUUUUGCCAAAUAUCUCAUUAGUUCGGUUAAGUUCCAUUGUGGACAGCUUUUCUAUCUAUUUGAAGAGAGCCGUUUCAUGGAGCAGCUUGAAGUUUUCCAGCACAAUCCCGCGAAAGAAUCUCGAUCCUCACCUUUAUGGUUUUGCCACUACCUUCUGCUUCUUGCAUUUGGAAAAGCCUUUGUGGUUCAAUCAGCGAGAUCGCAGGGUCCUAUUGGCGCAGAGCACUUCAUCCAGGCUAUGCAAUGCAUGCCAGACUUUAGUUUCUUCAAUGAUGAUCCAAUUGAGAAGAUACAGGUCAUGUGCUGUGCUGCACUAUACCUACACUCCAUCCACAGCCGUGGCCCGGCCUAUCGUAUGAUUGGUAGUGCUCUUCGCUUAGCCCUAGAACAUGGCAUGUAUACAGGGAUGCAUGGGAUAUGUCUUGAUGAAGACUAUGUGCAGCGAAGCAGCCUCGUGUGGUGGACUGUCUACGUCCUUGAACGUCGGAUGUCGUCUCUUCUAGGGGUGCCAAUGGCAAUUUCCGAAGAGAGUAUAAGUGCUUCAUUUCCUUCGAUUUCCAGGCCUAUCCAAGGUUCGAAUGUCCUGGAGAUGCAAGUUGUGUUAUGUCAAAUACUGGCCAAAGUGGACUUGACUGUAUAUGGCAGCGAAGGAAGGCUUGAUAGUCGCUAUCUCAGCGCUACUCAAUCUGUCCUCCGAGACAUUGCCAAGGUCACCGAAAAAUUGAAUAGCUCCUUUGACUUAUAUACCAAGGGUUCCACGGGUGGCACUUCGCGAGUAUCGGCACAUUUACAUAUCCUCGAGCAUCAGUGUAUUAUUCUCACGACAAGGCCACUUUUGUAUAUAUUUCUCCAAUCCAAGUUGGGCCAGUCCGACCCUGCGUUAAUGCACUGGCUUCAAGCUGGGACUGUGAAGGCUCUCCUUCAUAUAUGCGUGGAAUCGGCCCAACAAAUUCUAAGAAUUCUGUCAAACUUACUAGAACAAGGAAUCUUGGAAACCUUUGUGCCCUUCGACAUGGACGCGGCAUCUACAUCAACAAUCUCACUUUUGCUGGCGGCUGCAAUUGAUCCAUCUCUACUGCGAGAUCAUUCACCCUGGUCACAGCGUGCGUACGCCAUUUUAGGCGAAAUGAGCAUUCGCGGUAACCUUUCCGCCAGAUUGAUUCGGUCAGAGUUGAAGCAAUUGGAUGAUGAACUCACACAGUUGGCGAUGAAAGAAAAUGCGACGGCGGUGUUAUCCGCAAGCACUCAUCGUGGAUCGAGAGAGGGGAACAGCCCUACAGUCCUUGUUCCUCCCGUCGCAUUGGGUGAGCAUAGCCACUCACUGGAGCUGAAUUUUGCAGAAAGUUUUGGGCAACAUUACGAGUUCAGCCCAAGUCAGUUGAUGGAGCUGGCAAACUCCUUAGAUCUUAAUAGUCUGGCUUGGCCGCUUCCUUGCAUCCAAGGAUGA